AUGGGAGACGUUUUUGUGUUCAUCAGUGCAGUUGUGAUCAACUGUAUUAAUCUAUUUGGACAAGUCCAUUUCACCAUAUUGUAUGCUGAUCUGGAAGCAGAUUAUAUCAAUCCAAUCGAGUUAUGUUCAAGAGUAAAUAAACUAGUUACUCCUGAAGCUGCUAUCCACACUUUGCUAACAAUGUUGUUACUACUAAGUGGUAACUUCUUCACAUUUUUGUUAAAUUUACCAUUGUUUGCCUAUAACAUCAAAAAAUUCUAUGAGAAAAACCAAUUGCUUGAUGCCACUGAAAUUUUCAGAACUUUGAGCAAACACAAGAGAGAAAGUUUCUUGAAACUGGCAUUCUACUUAUUGAUGUUCUUCGUCUACCUAUACAAGAUGAUUAUGUCUCUAAUUGGUGAACCAUAA